AUGCCGACAGUAAGUGUGAAACGUGAUUCUCUCUUCAAAGCACUUGGUCAAUCAUAUUCCGAUGAUGAAUUCCAAAAAUUGUGCUUUGAUUUUGGAUUGGAGCUUGAUGAAGUUACUACCGAGCAGCAGAUAAUUGCUAAAGAACAAGGAACAGAAAGCAGUAAAGGUGCAUCUGAAGAAAUAAUAUACAAAAUAGACGUACCUGCCAAUAGAUAUGAUCUAUUGUGUUUAGAAGGUUUAACUGCUGGUCUAUUAGUAUUUUUAGAAAAAAUUCCUCAGCCACGUUACAAGCUUAUUUACCCGACAUCUCAAAACAAGCUUGAAAAAAUAACUGUAAAAAGCGCGUGUAUGAACGUACGACCUUUUGUCGUUGGCGCAAUAUUGCGAGGAAUAACAUUAACCAAGGAGUCAUACGACAGCUUUAUAGACCUUCAAGAUAAACUACAUCAAAAUCUAGGUAGAAAGCGGUCGCUGGUAUCGAUCGGCACACACGAUCUAGAUACUAUCAAAGGUCCCUUUGUUUAUAAUGCUGAACCUCCUAAGGAUAUUAAUUUCAAGCCUCUUAAUCAAGAUAAAGAGUACAAUGGUGAAGAGAUUAUGGAUUUAUACGCACAUCAUGCACAAUUGAAACAGUAUUUACCAAUAAUUAAGGAUAGUCCAGUUUAUCCAAUUAUUUAUGACAGUAAUGGUGUUGUUUUGUCAUUACCACCAAUAAUUAAUAGUGAUCACUCUAAAAUAACUUUAAAUACCAAGAAUAUUUUUAUCGAAUGUACUAAUACUGAUUUGACUAAGGGUCAAAUUGCGGUAGAUAUAUUGGUAAGUGCCUUCAGUCAAUACUGUAAAGAUAAAUAUACGGUUGAACCAGUAGAAAUAAUUUAUGAAGCAACUAAAGAAGUAGUUCGUUCACCUACACUUCAAUACCGUUCCAAUGAAAUCAACAGCGACGACGCGGUUAAUUUUAUAGGAAUAAAAGAAACACCCCAGAAAGUAGCCAAAUUAUUGUCAAAAAUGUGCUUAAAAAGCCAAGUUAAAAACGGCAACAUUUUGUCCGUUGAAAUACCACCAACGCGUCAUGAUGUUAUUCAUGCACGAGAUAUUUAUGAGGAUAUUGCUAUCGCUUGGGGGUACAAUAACAUCUUGAAGACAGUUCCCAAAAUUUUGUCGGUAGGGAAAAAAUUUCCUCUGAAUAAAUUGACCGAUCACUUACGUCAAGAAUUAGCGCAAUGUGCAUUCACAGAAACUCUAACAUUUGCACUGUGCUCGCGCGAAGAUGUUUCUGAUAAAUUGGGCUGGAGUUUUGAUCAAAUACCUGCGGUUACUAUUUCGAAUCCCAAGACACUCGAAUUUCAAGUAGUGAGGACUACUUUGCUGCCAGGUUUAUUGAAAACGAUUGGAGCGAAUAAGAAUAUGCCGCUGCCAUUGAAACUGUAUGAAAUAUCGGAUGUUGUACUGCGAGAUCCUCAAGCGGAAUGCGGAGCCAGAAACCAAAGAAGACUUUGCGCUCUUUAUUAUAAUAAAUCUGCUGGUUUGGAGGUCAUUCAUGGACUUCUUGAUAGAAUUAUGUCGCUGCUUGAAGUUCCGUGGAAUGUCAACAAAACCGAUGAUGGUUAUUAUCUUGAAGCAACUGAAGAUCCUACGUAUUUUUCUGAGUACUGUGCAAAUGUAAUCGUACAUGGGAAAGUGAUUGGUAAAAUGGGAGUUCUUCAUCCAGACGUUCUUCAUAAAUUUGAUCUUCGUCGUCCUUGUUCAGUUGUAGAAAUAAAUAUCGAACCAUUUUUGUAA